GUCAAAUUAAGGGUCGGGAAGCCAUCUAGACCAUGUAUAUUUUUAAGUCAAGAAACCAUCUUGUCUUUCCUUUAAGACGAAGUAGUUGUUGCUUGUUGUGAGUUGAGCAAGAAAAAUGGGUUCCUCCAGAUCAAUGCUUUUCUUCGUCACUCUUGCUAUUAUUAUCUUACACCUUGUUGCUCCCAUCAUAGCCCAAGAUGAUGGAAUUUGCACACCUACGGCAGACUACUGCUGGAAAUGCUCUAAUACUGGCACCUACACAGCAGGUGACAAGUACCAAGAGAACCUCAACAGCCUCCUCUCUUCCUUCUCCUCCAACACGGAAAACAAUUCCGGGUUUUACAGUUCAUCCAAGGGACAAGACUCCAACAAGAUCAAUGCCAUUGCAUUAUGCAGAGGAGAUCUCUCACAGGACUCUUGUCAGGCUUGUCUCAACACGUCUACUGUUAUUCUCUUGCAAAAUUGUUCAGCUCAUAAGGAAGCAAUCAUAUGGGCUGAGCGUUGUAUGGUGAGAUACUCACACGACGUGAUAUUUGGUAUUGAACAAACGGACCCUUUUAAGCAUUUGCCUAGCCCAAACCAUCCUAAAAAUCCUCAACAGUUUGAGCCGGUGCUUACCCUCUUGUUGGGUAAUUUAACCGACAGAGCUGUGGAUUCUUCUAAAAAAUUUGCAGCAGGGCAUGCAACUGUCCCUGGAGGUGAAACAAUAUACGCACUUGCUCAGUGCACUCCAGACAUAGACAAGCAAAAUUGCAGCAGUUGCCUUAAACAGUCCGUCAAAGAUAUUCAAACCUGUUGCGGUAGAUGGAAUGGAGGAAGAGUCCUUAAACCCAGCUGUAAUUUAAGGUAUGAGAAUAGUAGUUUCUAUGCGUCUACGGUCGAUUCCGUCGUAGAUAUUCCAGCUCCAUUUCCGGCAGCACCAGCACCUGAAGAAGCAAAAAAGAAGAGUAACACAAAACAAACUGUCAUCAUCAUCGUUGUGGUUUUGGUUGUUUUUGUCACUAUUUUCAGCAGCAUAUGCUUUUUCUUUAGAGUAAAGAAACGAAGGGUAAAACUUGAACAAGAUGAGAAUUCGGAAGACGUUAGUCUGGUGGAAUCGUUGCAAUAUGAUUUUGAAACUAUAAGAUCUGCAACAGAUGACUUCUCUGAUGCAAAUAAGCUUGGACAGGGUGGAUUUGGAGCCGUUUACAAGGGUAAGCUAGCGAAUGGAAGAUAUAUAGCUGUGAAAAGGCUCUCUAAGAAUUCUGAACAAGGCGAUCGUGAAUUCAAAACUGAAGUCACGUUAGUUGCUCAACUUCAGCACCGGAACUUAGUGAGGCUGCUCGGUUUUUGCUUGAAAGCAGGGGAAAGAAUCCUCAUUUAUGAAUAUGUGCCUAACACAAGCCUUAAUCACUUCAUUUUUGAUACAACUGAUCACGCACAUUUGGAUUGGGAAACACGUUACAAAAUUAUAGGAGGCAUUGCUCGAGGGCUUCUUUACCUUCAUGAAGAUUCCCGACAUCGAAUUAUUCACCGUGAUCUUAAACCUAGCAACAUUCUGUUGGAUGAAGACAUGAAUCCUAAAAUUGCGGAUUUUGGCAUGGCAAGAUUGUUUUUUAUGGAUCAAACUCAAGGAGAUACUCAGACAAUUGUGGGAACCUAUGGAUAUAUGGCUCCAGAGUAUGUAGUUCAUGGACGUUUUUCAGUCAAGUUGGACGUCUUUAAUUUUGGCGUGUUAGUUCUUGAAAUCUUAAGUAGUAAAAGGAUUAGCAGUUUUCGAAACAGAGACAAUGAGGAGGAUCUUUUAAGCUAUGCUUGGAGGAAUUGGAGGAAUGAUACAGUGGCAAAUAUCAUGGACCCAAAGCUGACGACAGGUUUAGGAAUUGAAAUGAUGAGAUGCAUCCACAUUGGUUUGCUAUGCGUCCAAGAAAAUGUGGCAAGCAGACCAUCCAUGGCUUCAGUUGUCUCUAUGCUUAACAGCCAUUCUGUCACACUCUCACUACCGUCACGACCGCCAUAUUAUUUACAAUAUAACAGUGGAUCAGACAUAACAGGGUCCGAUGAAUCCAAAAACCCUAUGGAUGUGUCAGGAAAUAACAAUUCAGAUUUUACUGAACCAUAUGCUCGCUAGUGGGGUGGGGCUGAGUAUGUAUUUUACUGAACAAUUUAUUUUCUUUUCUUUUCUUUUCUUUGAUAUAUUUGAAAAACUGCAGCUCAAUUUGGGAAAACCAAAUUGUCGUUUAUUUGACCAA